AUGAACGCGGAGCAAAGCAAGAGUCUGCUUUCUAGCGGACACCUCUCGGCGGACCCCUACAUAAACAACUGCUACUCCGAGAUGUGCAUGUCAACGGCACAAGUUGGUGAGUUCAUUCCUGCCGCCUGCCAUGGGAUCACUCGUUCUCAUUCUAGCCCCACAGCCGGGCAAACACAAGAUUGGAUGGAUGAUCGCCGCGAUGUUCAUCGUGGCCGAUAUGGUCGGCGGAGGAGUCGUCGCCAUGCCGGUCGCGUUAAACUCUCCGGACUGCCCAUGGGUAUCAUCAUCAUGCUCACCGUCGCCGUCAGUUUCGAGUACACCGGCUAUCUGCUCGGAAAGGUCUGGAACAAACUGAUGGAGAGGAAUCCGCACAUCGGCGUCUGCCGGAAACCCUUUCCUGAAAUGGCGAAACGAACGAUGGGAACCGGAAUGCAGUGAGUUCAUUUCAGAUUUAUUUGGGAACAGAAGAAGUUUACAGACGGUUUACAUCUGUGCUCGGAAAUGUUACUCAGUUCGGAGUGUCUGUUGUUUAUCUCCUUUUAUCGGCAAUAUCAUCCACUAUUUCAUCAGCCAUGUUCUUCAUAUUGACAGUGUUUCUAAUUGCAUUGUAAGUUCAUUCACAAAAGUCACAAAAGUCACCAUGAAACCAUCUGAAACCUCAGGUCAUAGCCGCUCUCGCAGUUCUCAUCUGGCCCUUUACAUUAUUGGCCAGCCCUGGCGAGUUCUGGUAAACACUUAUGCUCAUUGCCACGUCAUAACUUGCCGUCGCAUUGCAGGAUUGUCAUUGUGUUUGCCAUGCUCACCACGGUCGUCGCCGUCGUCUCCAUCCACACCGGAAUCGCUCUCGACUCUUCCGCGUGCUUCUCCAAUGUGGCAUAUCCACAGACCACGAGCACUUCCACUGUUCUCUCCUUCGGAAUCUUCCUCUUUGCCUUCUCCGGACACUACGUUUUUCCGACGAUCCAACAUGAUAUGAAGAACCCGAGAGACUUCACCAAGUCCGUUCUCGCCGGUUUUCUCGGAGUCAUCCUCCUCUAUCUUCCUCUUUGCGUUUUCGCGUUCAUUGUAUACGGAGACUCCAUGGCCGAAUCGGUAAUCUACAGUAUACAGAGUCCGUCCCUUCAGGUAAUCUCAACCUCUUAUUGCCAGAAAUAAAGAAUGCCACUUUUCCAGUUGCUGGCCAAUCUCAUGAUUGCUUUCCACUGCAUCAUGACUCUUGUCAUCGUCAUCAAUCCUUUGAAUCAGGAGGUUGAACACUACGCCAAGGUCUCUCACGCCUUCGGAGCUGGAAGAGUUAUCACGAGAACAAUUGUACUUGUCCUGGUUCUCUUUGUUGCCCUCACUGUUCCCGAUUUCCAACCGGUCAUGAAUCUUGUCGGUCAGUACCUUUUAAACCUCUCUUUCACUCUGUCACGUGACAAUACUUUCAGGUGCUUCUACCAUUCCAAUGGGUUGUGCUGUUCUUCCUUCCCUUUUCUACUUGUACGGAGAAGCGGCCACUGAAGAGGAGUGGAGAAAGGGAAAGAUUCCGACGCUAAGACAGUUGGUUCCCAGAAUCUCGAACCCUCCUCUCAUUUUUCCCUUUCAGAGUCCUGGAACGAACCGACAAAACCAAGCUCAUCAUCAACCUCGUCAUAAUCUUCGGCGCCGUCCUCGGCGGACUUCUCGGCUCGUAUCAAGGAGUUUUGAAGUUGGUCAAGGCCAAAUUCACGGAGCCCUGCUACGUGCGUCUCUUCACAGAAACGACGUAUAACUCAACAUUCCAAGUCAAAAAUGUGUAAGUUCUACUUCUUUUUCUUCUUCUUCUACUUCUUCCUUUCCACUUCAUAGUGCACAUCUUCUUCUUGUUUCAGCUGCUGCGGCGCCAACAGAGACAUAAAUGUGUUCAAUGUGACCGACUUCUGCUGA